AUGAGCCACAUACAGAAAAGAGCACUAGUGGUUAUCUUCCCUGGGUUCAACAUCCUCGAUGUGAGCGGUCCAGUUUCAGUACUAUACAACUCGGACUUCUCGGUGAGCUAUGCCGCCAAGGAUGAACUCACAACAUCUCAAGAGAACGCAACGGUUAAGAGAGAUAUAUCCCUUGCUGAAGCCAAACUUAAUCUGCCCGACUAUGAAAUAUUGGUUGUACCUGGCUCACGACCAAAUAAUAUCAUACCACACGUGCAACCCGAGCAGGGGCAGUUAUCGGAGCUUGUCAAAUUUAUCAGCUGUUUUGCUUCGGAUAUAGAUCAAGAUAGCGCGCCGCAGCGCACAAUCUUGGCCGUCUGCAUCGGAUCCUUCUUCUUAGCCUCUGGAGGUGUACUUGAUGGCCUCACUGCAACCACACACCGUCUUGCUGUCUCUGGGCUACGAGCUGUAACCCAGCGUUAUGUGGAUCAAACUCCCGGUGCAAAAGGGACUCGAGUCGUCCCCGAGAAUUCCUCGGGAUUAGUUUCAUAUCUGGAUGCUGGUCGGAAUCAGUUCGGAGUCAGAAUUAUUACAACGGGCGCUAUGGUCAAUGGGAUCGAUGCCGCUUUGCAUUUUGUCAGCCUUGGUUCGAGUCGAUCAUUUGUAGCUGAGGUCGCGGCUCUCAUUGGGCAUCAAUGGAAGGAUGUAUAA